AUGACCCCACAGCAUUUUUCCUUCCCUCCCAUUGCAGUGUCUCCAGCACGGCAGAAGCUGUACAAGUUGGACUGUAUCUGCCCUCCAAGAAAUGUUUUAAAGUCUGUCAUAGCUGCUACUCAUAAAGACAUCUUCUCAAAGCAUUUAUCCUUCUAUCAGGACUUGGAAAUAUUUUCAUUAUCACAGAUUAAGGAUAUAGAAGUGCUCAACUGUGAAUAUGGCAAGAACACAAUCAAGUUCCUUCGCCUUCAUAGAGAAGGGAAGAAGCACUUUGUUAAAGAAGUGGAAGUGUGCACACAUCUCCGGCUGACUUCUGCUCAUGAGUAUUUGGAUGGAAACAACUCUUUCGUGAUACCUACAGACACCAUUAAGAAUAUUGUCCUGGUGUUGGCCAAAAAAAAUGGGAUCUCAAGUAUAGAACAGUUUGCUAUAGAUAUCUGCAAACACUUCAUGACAACAUUUUGCCAAGUGGCGUACGUCAAAACCUACGUUCAGGAAGUGCCAUGGCAACGUCAAUACCAGAACGGCGUUCCCCACAUCCACUCAUUCAUACUUGUUCCAGAUGGGAUUCGCUUUUGCGAAGCUGAGCAGUGCCGGAAUGGUCCUCUGGUUGUUUUUGCUGGAAUUAAAGAUCUGAAACUUAUGAAGACAACACAGUCUGGAUUUGAAGGCUUCUACAGAAAUGAACACACCACGCUUCCUGAAAGGAAUGACAGGAUUUUAUGUGGAGAGCUCUUCUGCAAGUGGUCAUACGGCGAAUGCAGAGAUUUUGAUUUUGACUGCAUAUGGGCCAAAGUCCGAGAAUGCAUCCUUGAGGCCUUCUCAGGGCCACCUGACUGUGGGGAAUAUUCACCCUCUUACCAGAAGACCAUCAACUGCAUUCAGAUGUGCGUCCUCUCCCGAGUGUCACAGGUACAGGUCAUAGAAGUCAUCCUGAACAACACCUUUUAUAAUGUGGUAGACAUGAAGGCACUAGGCUGUACCAAUGACAAAGAAGUUCUGGUUCCAGUGGAAACUCCCUAUGGUUCCUGUGCUUGCACGCUUGGCAGAAAGAAGUACUUAGAAGCACAAAGCCACAUGAUAAAAGAUGAGAAGGAAAGUCAGUUUGGACUGGUAGCUGCUCAGGGAAAGUAAACCUCUUGGCUUCCCGUGUACAUUCCUGAUAAACUUGCAGUAUGGCUUUCCUAUCAGCAUAUACUACUGGCUUCUUUCAUAUUGACUACUUUCCACUCUGUGAACUCCUAGAUUGGGAUUUCUAAAUGAGCCUCAGAAAUUCAGAUAUCAGAGUAUCUCCCUGGAACUCAGUGUGAUUUGCAGACUGAAAUCCCAGCUGGAAACAUUAUAGUUUUUAUAGUUUUUAAAUCAGCUAUUCCCAGACUUAAUGAAUUUGAUGAUCUUUAACACGUUUUUGACACACAAAAUAAGCAACUAUGUAUAUUAUCUAUUCAUAUUCCUUCAGUAAAAUGAAUAUACAGGCACAAUACCAGAUGUUUCACUGAUGUAACCUGUGCCAACCCCUUCAUGCCACACUGAUCUAGAGAGUUGAAGUUCUGACCCGACAACUGAGUGAGGAAUCAGUCAGACACUGAUUUCUUUGUGAAGGAAAUAACAAAAAAAUAAAAAUCUAACAUAUCUUCUGUACAGCAUGACUAGUUACAGCUGUUUACUAAUUUCUCUGCAUGCGUUUUGAUUGCAUGGCUGCUGCUGCUCUUCAUCAGAAUAUACAGUUACUUUAUAAUUACUUUUAUAUUAAUCAUUGAGGUGUUUGAGGAUUUGGGCUAUCUCUGUAAUUUUAAUUAAAUAGCUUUCUUUGGUCUAAUAAUCUCACCAUGACUUCAGAGCAGGCAGAAAUCAACCUAAGUAACCCUAUUAUUCUUAGGAAGAGGCAGAAAUACAGGAUGCAUUAAGAUAAAAUUACAGAACCAGCAAUUCUCAUCUCAGAAAGGGCAGCUACCACAUUUGCAAUAGAAAUCCUGCUCAACUUCUAACAGCUUCUAACCACUGCUUUCAUUUUCUCCAAGUUUCACUGUCACAGAAUUCCAUGUGACAGAGACAGCAAAUCCAAUUGGAAGUGCCCUAAGUUAUGUCUGAAAACUGCAAAUUGGUUGCCUUUGUGCCUCCUCAGCAUUUCUCUUUGUACAGAGGGUAAGCUCAGAAAUACUGAAAACAACAUGUCCUGCACCAUACUCCAUGACAGGAACUUGCCUUGGUGAACAAGAUUAACAGCUGUAAAGGGAAGGCACUGUUCACAGUCCUGAGACAACACCUCAGAAACAACAGAACAAAUGACACCACAGAGUGAAUCUGCCCCAGAUCUGCUGUUCUUUGGUCACUUGUUGAUUCUGAAAGCUCCAUUAGUGACACUGAUAGGUUUUGCUGGGCAUGUGCAUUCUUAUCUUGUUUGACUUGAUUUGUAUUGUACUUGUGGGCUUGGGCUUAUGUCUUGCUACAUCUUCUAUAUUUAGGUGCUUAUAAUUUAUUAAUUUAUCUUUCAAGGGCAAAUAA